CCUUCCUUGUCAUUAAUAGUUUGGACACGCCCACUUGGUUCAGCCUUACAUUACAACAUUCAACGAAGUGAAGCCGUUUUUGUGUUUUGUCUUUGCAAAGCUUCCAAGAUAUAAGAUGCCGAAGAGAUAAGAAAAAGAAUGUUUGAUCGGUUAUCAAGUAGCAAUAGGAAGACCAGUUUAUUUGCGAAAGCGCAAGUUAGAUUUAUUUUGAGAUCGUUUACAAAAACGCUCUUCGCCGGAAGUUGAUUAUCGUAGUUGACAAAAUAUGGCGGAAGACGAAGAAGCAGCGUCGCCAAGUGAACCAUCCUCCCCAGUGAAGAAAGAAUCGCUUCUGCAGCGAAUGCUCAACUCUAUAGUCGAGGAGAGGAAUAGAGUUCAUCCUACGAUCGGGGACGAUGAUUCUGGCUUCGAACUGGUCAAUGUCAGUGACUUUUGGACCAAGCUGUUCUCCCAGUACUUCUUAGAUGGCAGCACGUCACCGGAUGAAAGUCGAGAUGACAUGCUGUUUUAUGUGAGAAGAAAUAAACUUGGUGCCAAAGGGAAACCUGCUUCUUUACAAGCAGAAAUAGAAGUCUACCGUCGUGACUCAAAGAAGCUUCCGUCUCUUGAUGAUAGAACAGUUGACUGGGAAGAGACUGUCUAUCUCAACAUUAUUUUACAUCAGUUUGUGUACAGGGUCACAUGUGCUGUGUGUACCAGGACUGAUGAGAAGAACCUGCAGAUACUCAGGAAGUUCACACAGCGCGUCUACCCUUCUCCGAGUCGGCGUAGAAUGGAUAGUAAGGGAACAGAAGAAGAAAUCACAUAUCCAAAUAUAUUCUUUACAGUCGAUAAUUUUGAAGAGGCCUUUCAAGACAUCAUUAUUCGGGACAGUGAGAACAUAGCUGUGGAGUUGCUGGCAACAGACAAGGACGGGUCCUUCCAGGGACUUAUAUUCCAGGGCUCUGUCAAAUACGAGUCACUCAAGAGAGUGUACGAUGCACGGAUAAGUUUGACGUCAAAGAUGGUCCAGCGAAUGUCAUUAGGAUGGUUCAAAGGUCACAAGCGUGUGGAGUACAUGCGCAUGAGGGGUCCACAGGGCAAAGGUCACGCCGAGAUGGCCGUGAGUCGGGUCAAGGGUUCAGGACCAGAAACACCAGACAUGGAAAACUUUCCUGUAGAUGAUUUUGAUGAUCAGCAAAACCAGUAUGCACAGAGGAGAAUGAGUGAUCCCAGCUCAGGGUUCAGUUCGCUGAUGCGCGGCGGGUUUCGACGAGCAGUUGGGAUGAAGAAGUCGCAAUCAGAAACAGAAAAUGUAGAAACCAUCGCUGACGAUGGAUGCCAUGAAGUGGAGGCAGGCACACUACAAGAGGAGUUAAACACCAACUUGGAUCAGUACAAUGGUUUCUGGGGCAAGUCCUUUGGUCAGGCAUGGCACUGGUUCAAGGAACAGAAGCGAGCUAGUAGUGUGGCCCUCAACGCUUACCUUACAUACAUCACCCUACCAUGGCAUAGAAUCAUCGCAGACAUGAUUGACGCCCGUCAUCAGCCAGCUCUAACACACUGAUGUCCCACUCUUCAGUGAUGGAGGCUCCCUCUGGUGCUCGAAUCCAGCAUUUAGGCUUGCAGGGUUAUUUCCCUUAGAAACUCCACAUCUGAGUCACACACACAUCCACAGCUAUAGAUGUAGAACCAGUAUAUAUCAAAUGUGUUUUACUGGAACAUGUGUUCAGUUCAGUUGUUUCAAAGUAUGUUUUUUUUAAUGAAAUUGAAAACAUGCAAGGUUUACCUGUUAUGUACCACAUUCCAGAAUGAUUAUUUUGUUCAAUUAAAACCUAUCUUCAGUGUGUGCUUACAAAAUGGCAUCCUAGAAAUAGGUACCAAGUUUACCAAUAUUUAAGGUGUUUUAUUGGGCUAGAAUCAGUUAUUAUUUUACAAUGCUGGUUAAUGAGUCCUGCUGUAAUUUGAUCAUGUUGAUAUGUUCAUAAAAACUAAAAAAAAUGUAUAAAUACCAAAAAUGAACACCAAUUAUGUUUGGCAUCUUGUUUUUUUAUUCCUGAUAAAACCAAAACUAGUAGAAACCUUGUUAAUAUUCUUCUUCUUUUUUCAGACUUGUUUCUUUUAAAUAAGCAGUACAUCUAUCCUUGUUUAAGAAAAAAGCAGCCAAAUGUGGCUGUUUACAUCUGAAAGACCAACCUGUAACCAUGGUAACCACUAUGAAACAAAGAAAAUAGCAUUCCUAGAUGUUUAAACCAUAAACAACUCAGGAAGAGAUUUUUUUUGGAUAUGUUCCAUAUUUGUCAACAAUGUUUGCAUUUUGCAAAUUCUAGUCUUGAAUUAUACAUUUAGCUGUAAUAGUCGUAGAAUUUGGCUACUUUUGUAAUUGUUAUGUAGUGUAAACGACACACUACGUGGUUAAGAAGGACCAAUGUCUGGUAUAGGUGAUGGAAGCAUCAAACCCAACUCACUCAGUCACUCUUAGUUUGAUUGUCCAUUGCUGGUCUAUGGGAGGGGCGACAUUGGUACAAUGUGUGAAGCCUAUUUCUGGUGUCCCCCGUCGAGAUAUUGAAGGAAUAUUGCUAAAAGCGGCGUAAAACCAUACUCACUCACUUACUCACUCACUAUGAGAUGGGUGGUCAGUCAGGUUUCAAGGCUUACUUAAGGAUGGUGGUGUGGCCUAGUGGUUAAAGUGUUCGCUCAUCACACCGAAGGCCUGGUUUCGGUCUCACUUGGGUACAAUGUGUGAAGCCUACUUCUGUUGUGAUGUUGGAAUAUUAUAAUAUUAUAAUAUAAAAGGUGUAAUACCAAAUCACUCACUCAUGGCUUUUUAUGUCAAAGACACCAAAGGUAAUGUAUGUAUGACUUUAUUGUGACAGGGCAGGGUGUCAUAUGUUCUGGUGAAGACGUUCCGACAAUAUAACACGACAGUCGACUAACUGAUUCAUCCCACACCACACUGCCACAUGAGCAUCAUGCAAUGAAAUGUUUAUUUAUAGUUGUAUGGGGUUGUGAUUCACUUCAAAAAACAUUCAUCGUCACUUUCAGCAAAAUGACUGAUAAUCAGUUUAUCAGUUUCAAGUGUUCAUGCCUCAUCAGUAAAAUCAUCACACAAAAAACAUCAACUGGAUCCUGCUUAUGUACAUUUUUGCUACAAACAGAUUGAUCUCACAGUAGCCCAGUGCUAUCAUGGAUCUCAGAUUUGACUCAAUAAAAUCAAUAAGUUGCCCCUCAAUUGUGUAACAUUGUGUCAUCACUUCUUUAAAACUAGGAACCAAAAAGAUAAUGAUAUUUAGCAGUAAAAUAUCCUUACUCAUUGUGAACACAAGUAUUGAAUAUCAUUCCUCCUAAUACAAAACCUAAACCCAUAAUAAAUAAAUGUUAUAUAAUAUUUUUCAAGGUCGCAACAUGGGAGCAAUGUUUGAAGCCCAUUUCUGGUGUCUCCUGCCGUGAUAUUGCUUGAAUAUUGCCCAAAGCGGCGUGCAACCAUACUUAUUCAAAAUCCCUUCUCAGACUAUCUAAGUCUGUGUCAGUGUUAGGGCUUUGACAGCUACCCAAGCACAAGCAGGGUUUAGAGGGACUCACAACCAGGGGGGAUAACUCACAUCCUCACUUCUCUGACAAGCAUGUUGCAGACAUGGAUGGGAAGUGGCUUCAGUGUCUGAGCGAAGUCAACUUAGAUGAUGCCAAGAUAAAACAACAAAAUGUCGAUCAUCUGGCAUGUUUCUGUUGAAAUUGGGUACUCAAGUUCAGGUCAGGUUUUGAGACACAGUCCUUGAGGCCACAUCUACCUUCCGGGUCACAAUGAGUGCAGUGAGUUCCAACAUUCAUGUUACCCUACGGUUGCUUUGUUGAACAUGCCUUAGGUCAUCUUCACCUAAGAGAGUUAACUGACUAUGAAAGUCCGGUUUCCACCCUUGCCGAACUCGGCUGGAAUUCCUGGGCUCGAUCGUGGCGCCACCAGUGGCUAUUAUGAGUUAUGUCCUUUCCAAGCCUCUCCU